CAACACAACACAACACAAUCCUCUCUCUCUCAUAUAAAUACACUUCUUCACUCUAUUCAAUGGUAACUGAAAAUGGACAUUAAACUUCAAAUUUAACUAUAUUUAAUAAACCCAAACAAAAUCCACAACACUCUCUGUCUCCACUAUGACACACUACGUGCCCCCCACGCGCCACCGCGUUGGCGGUGGAGGCCGAGACUCCUACGCGCCGCCACCGCCGCCGGUGCCGCCGUCAAUGAGAGAAGUCUACAACAUUAUCCCUAUCCACGACUUGCUACUCAUGGACCACCCUUCCAUGAGGUACCCCGAGGUACGCGCCGCCGCAGCUGCUCUGAAAUCCACCGGAGGAUUGCCUCUUCAUCCUUACGCGGCUUACGAUCCUAACCACGACCUCAUGGACUGGCUUGGAUUGUUCUUUGGGUUUCAAAAGGACAGCGUUCGGAACCAGAGAGAGCAUCUGGUUCUUCACUUGGCUAACUCUCAAAUGCGGUUGCAACCUCCGCCGGCUGUUCCUGAUCAGCUUGAGCAAUCUGUGUUGAGGAAGUACCGGAAGAAGUUGCUUCAGAAUUAUAGCUCUUGGUGUUCUUAUGUUGGAAGGAAGUCUAACGUUUCGAUCGGUAGUAGAGGUGGAAGUGGAGAUUGUAGUCGUGAGUUGCUUUAUGUGGCUCUUUAUCUUCUUGUUUGGGGUGAAGCUGGGAAUCUGAGGUUUGCUCCUGAAUGUAUUUGUUAUAUUUAUCAUCAUAUGGCUAUGGAGCUUAAUCGUGUUUUGAGUGGUAAACCUGAUCCUAAUACUGGUCAGUUAUUUUUGCCUUCGUUUUCCGGUGAUUGUGCUUUUUUGAAGAGUGUGAUUAUGCCGAUUUAUAAAACUAUUAGUGAUGAGGUUGAGAGUAGUAGAAAUGGUAAAGCUCCUCAUUCUGCUUGGAGAAAUUAUGAUGAUGUGAAUGAGUAUUUUUGGAGUCGGAGGUGUUUUAAUAAGCUUAAAUGGCCUAUUGAUUUGGGGAGUAAUUUCUUCUCGACUACUCCGAAGAGUAGGAGAGUUGGGAAGACUGGGUUUGUUGAGCAAAGAUCGUUUUGGAAUUUGUUUAGGAGUUUUGAUAGGUUGUGGAUUUUGUUGAUUUUGUUUUUUCAAGCUGCUGUGAUUGUUGCUUGGGAUGGUGAGACAUUUCCAUGGCAGGGUUUGGAGAAAAGAGAUGUUCAGGUUGAGCUUCUUACUGUGUUUAUUACUUGGGGUGCUUUGAGGUUACUUCAGUCUGUGCUUGAUGCUGGGACUCAGUACAGUUUGGUUUCGAGGGAGACGAAGUGGCUCGGUUUGAGGAUGGUUUUGAAAAGCUUGGUUGCUUUGGCAUGGACUGUCGUGUUCUCUGUUUUAUAUGCUAGGAUAUGGAGUCAGAAGAAUUCUGAUAGGAGAUGGUCUAAUGGUGCUGAUCAGAGGAUCUUUACUUUUCUUGAAGCUGUUCUUGUUUUUCUUGCUCCUGAGUUGUUAGCAUUGGUUCUUUUCAUUGUUCCUUGGGUUAGGAAUUUUGUGGAAGAGUUGAAUUGGAGAGUUGUUUCUUGGUUGACAUGGUGGUUCUAUACACGAAUUUUCGUCGGUAGGGGAUUGAGAGAAGGGUUAUUUGAUAAUAUCAAGUAUACUGUUUUCUGGGUUUUGGUUUUGGCUUCUAAAUUCUCGUUUAGUUAUUUCUUGCAAAUCAAGCCUCUUAUUUCUCCAACAAAGGCUCUUUUGAAUCUUGAUGGAAAGUACCGUUGGCAUGAAUUUUUCAGUAGCACUAAUGAAAUAGCUGUUGUGUUGUUAUGGCUUCCUGUUAUAUUGAUUUAUAUGAUGGAUUUGCAAAUUUGGUAUGCUAUAUUCUCUUCCAUUUAUGGUGCAGCAAUUGGGUUGUUCUCACAUUUGGGUGAGAUUCGAAAUAUCGGGCAGCUUAGGCUCAGGUUUCAGUUCUUUGCUAGUGCUAUGCAGUUCAAUCUUAUGCCUGAGGAGCAGCUGUUAACUUCUGACAUGUCACUGUUGAAGAAGGCCCGUGAUUCUAUUCAUAGAUUGAAACUGAGAUAUGGACUUGGUCAGGCUUUCAAGAAGAUCGAAUCGAGUCAAGUUGAAACUACCAGGUUUGCUUUGAUUUGGAAUGAGAUUGUUAUAGCUUUCAGGGAAGAAGAUCUCAUCAGUGAUUAUGAACUCGAGCUUUUGGAACUUCCCCCGAAUUGUUGGAACAUUCGGGUUAUUCGGUGGCCUUGUUUUCUUAUUUGUAAUGAAUUGUUGCUUGCGCUUAGUCAGGCGACUGAGCUGGCUGAUGAAACCGACUUGUCUCUUUGGUUGAAGAUAUGCAAGAGUGAGUAUCGUCGGUGUGCUGUGAUUGAAGCCUAUGAUACUGUCAAGCAUUUUUUGUUUGUGAUUGUUAAGUACGGCACAGAAGAGUAUUUGAUUGUUGAAAGGUUUUUCAACGAGAUAGAUAGUUGCAUUCAGAGAGGAAAGUUCACAGUUGAGUACAAGAUGUCUUUGCUUCAAAAAAUUCAUGGCAAGUUGAUUUCGCUUAUCGAGCUGUUGUUGAACCCAAAGAGAGAUAUAGAAAAAGCAGUGAAUUUAUUGCAGGCCUUGUAUGAACUUUCAGUUCGCGAAUUACCAAAGGCGAAGAAAUCCAUGGAGCAGUUAAGGCGAGAAGGAUUGGCGAGUAUCAAUCCAGCUAAUCAGACAGAGUUGUUAUUUGAAAAGGCGGUUGUGUUUCCUCCCGGCGAGGAUGCACUCUUCUAUAGGCAACUCAGGCGCCUGCAUACCAUCUUAACUUCCAGAGAUUACAUACAUAACGUCCCGAAGAACAUUGAGGCUAGAAGGCGCAUUGCUUUUUUCAGCAAUUCUCUAUUUAUGAACAUGCCUCGAGCUCCUAUCGUUGAGAAAAUGAUGGCUUUCAGUGUUUUGACACCUUACUACGAUGAAGAUGUAAUUUUUAAACUAGAUGGGCUUCUGAAAGACAAUGAAGAUGGGAUUUCCACACUGUUUUAUCUGCAGAAGAUUUAUGAAGAUGAGUGGACAAACUUUAUGGAGAGAAUGCGGAGAGAAGGAUUGGAGCACGACGAGCAGAUAUGGGAAGAAAAGGGAAGGGAUCUUCGGCUUUGGGCAUCGUACAGAGGCCAGACCCUAUCUCGAACUGUAAGGGGAAUGAUGUACUACUAUAGAGCCCUUCAAAUGCUUGCUUUUCUUGAUAAUGCGUCUGAGAUGGACAUAAGAGAAGGAUCACAGCAAAUUGCCUCUCACGGCUCAGCGAAAAGAAACCGAGGUUUUGAAGGUAUGCAGCCAGUGAAGCAACCGACGUCGAGGAAUCUUGGCAGAGCAGGUAGCGGUGUUGGUCUUUUGUUUAAAGGACAUGAGUAUGGGUGUGCUCUAAUGAAAUUUACAUAUGUGGUGGCGUGCCAACUGUACGGUCAACAUAAAGCAAAGGGAGACCCCCGUGCGGAGGACAUUCUAUAUUUGAUGAAAAACAAUGAGGCCCUUCGAAUUGCCUAUGUCGAUGAGUUUAACUUUGGUAGAGAAGAUGCUGAGUAUUACUCUGUUCUUGUUAAGUAUGAUCAACAACUGGGAAGAGAGGUGGAGAUUUAUCGAAUCAGGUUGCCCGGUCCAUUGAAGCUCGGUGAAGGAAAACCCGAAAAUCAGAACCACGCCAUCAUUUUCACAAGGGGUGAUGCACUUCAAACCAUUGACAUGAACCAAGAUAAUUAUUUUGAGGAGGCACUCAAGAUGAGGAAUUUGUUAGAGGAGUUUAAGGUCAGUUAUGGUCUUAGGAAGCCAACCAUAUUGGGUGUCCGGGAGAACAUUUUCACAGGUUCUGUGUCGUCACUUGCUUGGUUCAUGUCUGCCCAAGAAACGAGUUUCGUGACUCUGGGUCAGCGUGUUUUGGCAAAUCCUUUAAAGGUGAGAAUGCACUAUGGUCAUCCGGAUGUGUUCGAUAGAUUCUGGUUUUUGCCUCGGGGCGGGAUCAGCAAAGCUUCGAAAGUAAUCAACAUCAGCGAGGAUAUAUUCGCCGGCUUCAAUUGCACCCUUCGGGGUGGGAAUGUGACUCACCACGAGUAUAUUCAGGUGGGAAAAGGGAGAGAUGUUGGACUGAACCAGAUCUCCAUGUUUGAAGCUAAGGUAGCCAGUGGCAAUGGUGAGCAGGUCUUGAGCAGAGAUGUGUAUCGGUUGGGUCACAGAUUGGAUUUCUUUCGAAUGCUAUCAUUUUAUUACAGUACUGUUGGAUACUAUUUUAACACAAUGAUGGUGAUACUUACUGUUUAUACGUUUUUAUGGGGGCGCCUUUAUCUUGCUCUUAGCGGGGUUGAGGAUGAAGCUAAUAAGAACACCAGCAACAAUGAAGCCCUCGGUGCAAUCUUGAAUCAGCAGUUUGUUAUACAACUUGGUAUCUUCACUGCCCUCCCUAUGAUAGUUGAGAACUCUCUUGAGCACGGCUUCCUCCCCGCAAUUUGGGAUUUCUUGACAAUGCAGUUUCAGCUCGCCUCGUUGUUUUACACGUUUUCUAUGGGAACUCGCACCCAUUUCUUUGGCCGAACCAUUCUUCACGGGGGUGCUAAGUACCGAGCAACUGGACGUGGAUUCGUGGUGCAACACAAGAGCUUUGUUGAGAACUAUCGACUCUAUGCUCGAAGCCAUUUUGUCAAGGCAAUCGAACUCGGGGUUAUUUUAACAGUGUAUGCUUCUCACAGUCCCAUGGCUGAUAAUACCUUUGUUUACAUCAUCAUGUCGUUGUCCAGCUGGUUUCUUGUAGUGUCGUGGAUAAUGUCGCCUUUUGUGUUCAACCCUUCGGGUUUCGAUUGGCUGAAAACUGUAGAAGACUUUGAGAUUUUCAUGAAUUGGUUAUGGUUUACUGGUGGGGUGUUUACAACUUCUGAUCAUAGCUGGGAAAGGUGGUGGUACGAAGAACAAGAUCACCUCAAAACAACCGGUCUUUGGGGAAAGUUGUUGGAGAUUCUUUUAGAUCUCCGCUUCUUCUUCUUCCAAUACGGUGUUGUGUACCAGUUGGGCAUUUCCGGUGGAAACACGAGUAUAGCGGUUUAUUUACUGUCAUGGAUUUACAUGGUAGUGGCCGUCGGGAUUUACAUGAUCAUUGCGUACGCUCGGGACAAAUACGCUGUAAGAGACCACAUGUACUACCGACUCGUUCAACUUCUUGUCAUUUUGGUUUUAGUACUUGUGGUUGUUCUACUGCUGGAGUUCACUCCCUUCAAGUUCAUCGAUAUUGUAACAAGUCUCUUGGCCUUUGUUCCCACAGGGUGGGGAAUCAUUUUAAUAGCCCAAGUUCUUAGACCCUUUUUACAGUCUACAGUGGUUUGGGAGACGGUGGUAUCGGUUGCUCGGAUGUAUGAUUUGCUGUUUGGAGUUAUUGUCAUGAUGCCAAUGGCAUUGCUCUCUUGGUUACCUGGAUUUCAAGCAAUGCAAACUAGGAUCUUAUUUAAUGAAGCAUUCAGUAGAGGACUUCAGAUAUCGCGUAUUCUCACCGGCAAAAAAACCAACUGAGAAAUUCCUAAAGGGUACGAGAUGGAAUCGAAAACCAGCUUUAAUUCCACUGACCAAAGAGAAGAGUUUGUAUGUGUAUACUCAGAGGGCAUGAAAUGAGAUGAGAUGAGGAAGAGUGGCCUUAGAUCGAUUCGACUGACACAACAAGUAGUUUUGUUUCAAGUUUGUUUGUAAUUUUGUUGAACAAAGUUAGAUUUUGGUUUUUCAAUUCCCAUAGCCAUGAAUUGGGUAGUAAUUAGGAGUAACAUGAUUGGUAGUAGUAGUGGUAGAGAUCAGAGACUAGAGAGUAUGUUUUGGUGUUUACUUAGCUAUUUAUUCUCUGGUUUUGUACAUAUCAUCUCAGUUUCUUCAAUUAUUGUUAUUAUGUAAUCAUGUAAAUUGUAAUGUAAGGCAGCUUCAUUGCAAAAUUCAUCAAUUGGGAAUUGGGAGUUCCCUCAA